GAAGAGAAAGAAGGAGGAGGAUAGAGUUCAGAGAGCUCGAGCUUUUUUAGGUUUAGGUUCAGGUGGUCCUCCUUGCUGAAGAUCCCACAGUGGAAUGCAGGAGUGAAGGAGAACAAGGAGGAGGUGAGGAGGGAGAGAAUGGCAGUGCCAGACAGGGAGUGUUCGCUGGAAGGCGUUAGAUAUGGUUCUUCUCCAAAAACAUCACACAUCGACUAAGUCCAUCAAGGUGAAGCAACAGAUGGUACCAUGUAAAUGACUGAGGAUCAUGAAGGCCACACACAAACUACUGUUUGUUCUGUGUCCCAUGCUGGUCCUGGUGUUCAUCUACUACUCGUCUGGGAAGCUGCACCUGCACGUAUGGGGCCAGAAGCCGCAUGUAGAUGUGGAGCCGACUGUUUCUCUAACAGUUACAAAAGCUAAACCUAAACCUAAAGUGACGACAGAGCCGGAGCCAGAGGCCGUUGUCUCCGAGGGACAAGUAGUAGGCUCAGUGUACGAUCAGCAGGGCUUCGUGCUGAAGCUGGAUGGAAAGCUUGACAGCCUGGCAAGCAGCAGAAGCCACUUGGGGAAAAGGCCAGUGGACUUGGUGUACAAGUAUGACAACCUCAGCAGUGAAUCCUGCAAGCCCGGCUAUGCCGCUGCCAAGAUGUCUGCUGUCUAUCCAAAGUUUGUAAAGCCAGCGCCCAUGUUCCUCGACAGAAACUUUAAGCGGCUAGGCAAAGUCAGCAGUUUUUUACCUCCAUUUGGAUUCAAGACACAAGAAAGAAUCAUAGACACCAUAUUAUCUGUCACAAAGAAUUAUGGACUGAGUCCAGAGCUUGAGAGUUUGAGCUGUAAAAGAUGUAUAAUUGUAGGAAAUGGAGGAAUCCUCGCCAAUAAGUCUUUGGGCUCCCGUAUUGACGAAUAUGAUAUUGUGGUGAGAUUAAAUGAGGCUCCAGUUAGUGGUUAUACCAGAGAUGUGGGCACUAAGACCACCAUGAGGAUAACCUACCCUGAAGGUGCCAUCCAGAAACCAGAGCGCUAUGAGAAAGACUCCCUCUUCGUCUUCUCCGCCUUCAAACCUCUGGACUUUAAAUGGCUGAGGCAGAUGAUCUUCAGAGAGAAACUGCAGGGUACAGAGGGCUUCUGGAAGUCUGUGGCCCGUUACGUGCCCAGGGAGCCUUCGGAGAUGCGGAUCCUCAACCCUUACUUCAUCCAAGAAGCUGCCUUCCAGUUCAUUGGCCUGCCUCUGAACAACGGCCUCAUGGGCAAAGGGAACAUUCCAACACUGGGUACCGUCGCCAUAACGAUGGCUCUUCAUAACUGCGAUGAAGUCGCUGUUGCUGGAUUUGGCUACGACAUGAACACCCCUCAUGCACCAUUGCACUACUACGAGACAGUCAAAAUGUCUGCCAUCAAAGAGUCUUGGACUCACAACAUUUCGAAGGAGAAGGAGUUUCUUCAGAAGCUGGUGAAGGCCAACGUCAUCACGGACUUGACGAAGGGGAUUUGAGUCUUCGAAGUUUGAGUGCCUUUCCCAGAGAACGACCAAACCGAGAAUGCUGGGAAAUCCAGGCCAAGGACCAGAGAACACUGAGGUGUUCAGCUGCAGCAGAAAAGACGCCUCAGUGCAAAAGCACACGUGCCUUCAGACUGACAAGCUUCCUCUGAGCAGGACGCUCCAGAGGAUAUAAGGGGUUCUUGAAUGUCUCAGGAGACAACCGAUCUCUGUCCCAAACUUCAUCCUCACCCACCAUACGAACACUUACCGAACGCUAUCAAAGGCCGCAGAGGUUGCGAACUGAAACGGCGCUGCAGAGUGAACUGGACUGAUUGUGCCAAAUGUACCUCUCUCAGAGGAGACGGCCCCUCCUCUACAGCCUGAAUGUAUUCACUGUGUAGGUAUCUAAGAUCUUACAAUCUCAUCGGCCUUUAUGGAAGAUUCCGUCCAGACAAGCACGUGGUCAUCUUGCCCACACUACUGGAAGGCCAGAGGACGGCCUUCGUCUUCUUUCCUUUGAGCCUGCGAGGCUGUCCACCUCCUGAUUGUCAGACUUGUGUGUUAUUCUCUCUUCUUUCCAAGGAGGCUUGUUCUUUUUAAAUUAUUUAUUUUCGUACAAGAUUGUAAGCCUUUUUAAGCGAAGAGGAUUUAAAAAAAUUUGUGUUGAUUCUUGUUUUUUUUUUUUUUUUCAUUAAUUAUUUCCUUUUUUUUCUUUCCUUUAAUUGUUUAUAUCAUAUACGCUACAAAUCGUGUACAUUUACUCAAACAGGCCUUGCGAAAUUUCCUGGAACAGUAUGGUAACCUGCCAUGCAUCAUCUGCCUUUUCGUCAAAGCGCUUCUCUCUGAAAGUACCUGAGAAUACCAAUGUUUACUUUUUGAUACACUUUCGGCUUUGUGAGGUGACGUUUCUUUUCCAAAAAUAGUUUUGGUUUUGUACUUUUGGACGAUUUACGCUCUGUAUUUCUAUGCUCUGUGGAUUUCUAUGGACAUUUGUCAUUUGCAGUUCUUUGUCAUUUGAAAAGUGGUUCGUUUCACAGAAAGGAUGCAACAUCGUCCUCAACCUCGAUGCUAUUUUCUGUUUUUGUCACCGUAGAUAUCGUCACGUAGAGGGUUUACAGAGAUCCAGACCUGAACCUGCAGCAAGCAAGGCAAAGGUGUGAGGAAAAAACUCACCAGAUAGAAUAAAGAAGGAGACAGAAAACAGCAGAACAUCAGUUCUCAGAGGUUAGAAGUUGGGGAAUUCCUCUGACGUUUCAAAAUUUCUACAUAAUUCAGUGUUUGAGAUGUAAACAGAGAGAUUCAGAGUGGUUUGGUGUGAAAUGGUUCAGACGUCCUUACAGUGGUGGUGAUAGGAACCAGGGGUCGCCAUGACUACAACACAAAUAUAGACAUUUUAUUUACUAUCCAGAACCACCAGUGAACCUACACGAGUCUGUUGAUGUUAAAAUUGGUAAAAUGUUAAAAAAUGGUGGUAAAAUUAUGAUAAAUCUCAAACUGAUGUGUUUUUCUUGUUUGUUUGUUUUUUGGUGGCUAUUUCACUCUGCAUGUACAUCUCUGUCAAGAAAGGGGUUAAAAAUGUCUUUUAGGCCAAAACUUUAUCUUAAAAAUAUCGUAAAACAGUGUCUCAGGCAUCAGGCAGUGAAUUCAUAACCAUCUCAUGUAGUAACUUUCUGUGAGGGAGCUUUUCAAAGUGGACGUCUGGUUCCUAUCACCACCACUGUGAACAAUUCGCAGUCUGCAUUUCACUUCAGAUCACUCAAUGACUGAAACUGGUGGAAUUCCCCUUUAUGGGCAAAAAAUCAAGAUAACCAAAAAUAUCGGCUGAUAUAAUUUUAGAUUUUAAUUUUAUGGUCCAGUCGUUUUAGUGAAACAGUGCUUUACUGACUGAUACAAUUGUCAGUUCUCAAUUUUCACAGUUCUUUUGAAAAUAACACAAACUCAAUCUUAAACAAUAAGAAAUAUUGUAGCACCGGCGAUGGAGUUACCUGGAAUUCCUUUUGAUUUGGUUUCUGUUAAUUACUUCAUGUUUUUCAUUAGUUUUCUUCUUUCAAACAGGCUUUUUUGUGUUGUGACAUGUUAUUCUCUAAGGAUUAGUUUAAUUUGUGUUCAGAUUCUGCAGUUCUCUUGUUUUACUAUGAUCCAUUUAAGCAGAUGGCGACUCAUACUCAUACUACUCCCCAGUGGCCAGCCAUUUAAGGUUUUGCCCCAUUGAAUCCCAACAAAACCCACAUUUCUUGGCAUGUCAUUGGCAGUAUUU